AUGAGCCGCCCAACACGGCUAAUGUUGACCAUGAGCCCCCGAGCCAUCAAGACACUAGAAAUUGAUCAUUUCGAAAACAGUUUCAUAUUUGCCGAGAUCGAACCAUUGCCUGAUGACAUUGAUGUUAUCCAGUGGUGUACUGUUCUAAAGUCAUUGAAUACUCCCUCUUGCAGAAAUGGCUUUUCAAUUGAGAAAAUCACCACGACUCAGAGGCCUUACUACAAAGUCGGGACCAAAUCCACCCUGUCAAAUAGAAAAUGCCAUUUCGGCUGGUUGAUUUUGGUCCAGGAAUGA